AUGGAGAAUGCAUUGGCAUUGGUUCAUGAUGAUGUUGGAGUCUGGAGAGACCAAGAUGGUCAUGUGUGUAAUGAGAGAGGCCAGCGACUUGAUGGAGAGGGUAACAUCAUCAGGACGCUGGGUGACUACAACAGACCUGAGCAAUUCUAUGCAAAUCGGUCUUCGAUUCGCGCUCCUGCGUUUCAGAGGAAUGACUUUGAGCUGAAGCCUGUGUAUUACACUCUUGUGGGACAGCAUCCUUUUCAUGGUCACUCUCAUGAGCACCCUAUGGAUCACAUCGAGAGGUUUGAGGACUUGUUGGAGCCAGGAUCACUCACUACUUGGGAGGAGACCAGGAAUUCCUUCCUGCACAACUUCUUCAAUGAUGCUAGGUCUGAGGAAUUGAGAACAAAAAUUUCGACAUUCUCUCAAGAACCAACUGAAGCGUUCAAGGCUUCUUGGGUGCGAUUCAAAUCAUAUCAGAGAGAUUGUCCACAUCAUGGUUUCAGUGAUGUUCAGCUGCUGGGUAUUUUCUUCAGAGGUGUUGAUUGGAGGUAUCAGAUGGCGCUUGAUGCUGCAAGUAAUGGGAAUUUCAACACCAGAUAUCCUGAAGAUGUUGUUGUGCUUAUUGAGAACUUGGCAUCUAGCAAUAGUACCAAGAAUGCAGACUCUCAGCGAAGGAAGCAGGAUGGAAACAUGGAUGGAUCGCAGAUUGCUGAGGUGAAGGCUAAGCUGGACUCUGUGCACAGUCUUCUUGUGGGUAAGAAAUCUGUCAGAUUCGAACCUGAUGAAGAAGCUGAGCAAGAGGAUGUUAACUUCAUCAAUGGAACUGGAUUUCAGGGCCAGAGAUUUGGUACUCAGUCAGGGAACAUGAAUUACAAUGGAAAUAAUCAGAAGAGUACCUUCACAGGUAAUCAGAACUCUUCUGGUUAUAACUCCAAUCCUCAGUACCAGACAUCCUACUCCAACAACAGGUUUUCAAGGAAUUAUGGUUCUCCUCCUCCUCAAACUCCUGAUAAUGAGAUGAAAUCUAUGCUGGAACAGAUCUUGGAAGGUCAGCAAAAGAUUACUGUGGAUUUCAAUGGGAAGAUUGAUGCUCUGUAUCUGGAUUUGAAUGGAAAAUUCGAAGCUCGGAACACUCAUGUCAAAAAGCUGGACAUUCAAGUUGCUCAAACUGCUGAGGCUGUAAAAAGGCAAGAAGGAUUUCUUCCUGGGAAGACUGACACCAACCCAAGACAUUACUGUAGUGCCAUCACGUUGAGAAGUGGUAGAAAGCUUACUCCUGAGCUUAAAAAGGGUGUUUCUGAGGAUGAAAUCGUGGAACUGGAGGAAUCUGCUGAAGAUUUUAAAACUGCAGAGCCGGUGUCGAGCGACACCACCACUAGUGUCGCGCGACACCAAGUCGAAGAUACGAAGAAGGCACCAGCAGUGUCGAGCGACACCACCACUAGUGUCGAGCGACACCAGCCGCCAUCUGAGGAAAUCAUCACCAAGAAGCCAAAACCAGCCGAGGAAAGGGUUUACAAACCUAAGAUUCCUUACCCAAGGAGUCCUAAGAGCUCUAAGCAGGAGCUAGACGAUGCCAGAUGCAAGGCUUUGAUGGAGAAGCUUGUCAGUGCUGUGAUUCAGAAUAAGAUGCCAGAGAAGCUUUCGGACCCAGGAAGCUUUGUUUUGGACUGCUCUAUCUUCUCAGAGAGGUUCAAGAGAUCGCUGUGUGAUCUUGGUUCGAGUGUCAACCUCAUGCCAUACUCUGUAGCUGUUAACCUUGGGAUGACUGACUUCAAGCCAACUAAGAUCUCUUUGAUUCUAGCAGAUCGAUCUAAAAGAAUCCCAAAAGAUUUUGUGGUUCUGGAAUAUGGAGAGGAACCCAAAGAUCCUCUUAUCUUGGGAAGAUCGUUUUUAGCUAUAGCUGGAGCGGUAAUUGAUGUCAAGCAUGGUAACCUUGAUCUCCACCUGGGAGAUACCAUCAUGACUUUCAAGAUGGAGAAGCUGAAGGAUUCAACCAUAGAUGGUCAGACAUUCCAAGUCAGUGCAAUACCUGAAGUGAUAGUUGGAGAUCCGAACGUGUUUGAUGCUGAAAAGGUGAGAGAUCAACCUGAGUUGACGAAAACGUCUACAGAACCAGUGACUGCUGUUGAUCAGGAAGCUCACAACAUCAUGUUCCAUUCAUCUCCACCAAUGCAAAGGUCAAGGUCACCCAAACACAGAUCUCACCCUGGUGCUAUUCCUGCAUUCCUUGGACGACCUCAUGCGCACAACGCUUACACACCACCAUGGAUGAGACGACUUUCACAGAGGCAUUCUUUGUCACUGUCUGAUCCACCAGAUGCAUAG